CACUUUAAGUCCUCUAAAAAUUGUCCACGCACCAAGACUAAUGGCGAGGACGGCAGUUGCCGUAUGUGGCUGGAUUACAGUAAGCAUGUCGUGGUAUGGUCUUACACUUAAUCAAGGUUCCCUAGAUGGAGACAUAUUCAUCAAUGCUCUUGUCCUGUCUGUUAUCGACCUCAUAGCUUACUCAUUAUUGAUAUUCAUCAACAAAAUUGGUAGAAGAAAAGCAUACUGUGCCGGCAUGAUGAUCUCUGCUUUGUCCAUGUUGGGUACAAUUCCGGUUCAUUUCUUUGCAGACAGGGAGAGUCCUUCGACCAGUGCCGUCUUUACGACUUUGUACACGAUAGGGAAGCUGGGCCUUAGCGGUUGCUUCAGGCUUCUUAUCGUGUGGAAUGGGGAGUUCUAUCCAACAGCUUUGCGAAAUUUUGGACUAGGUUUAGGUUCUACAUUUGGCCGUGUUGCGGCGAUUGUGUCACCAAUUGUAAUGGACCAACUAGGGGGACAUCCAGUUCUUGGUAACACUGUCCCUCUGAUAUUGUUUGGCUGCAUGGCAUUGUUCUGUGCUUUGAGUGGUCUAUAUCUCCCUGAAACCGCCCACAAACACCUCCCAGAGACCUUGGAAGAUGCUCAAAACUUUGGAGUUGGAGAAGAAUUUCCACAAAAGGUCAAGGGAUAA